CUUGGUGAACGGUUGCGGGUCCGGAGGUCUGGUCACGUGCUUCGGGCGGAUUAAAGGGCCGCGGGCGGCUCGGGUCACCUGUACCGGGAGAUGGAGAGUCGUAUCAUCACCCCGGGGCCGUACCGGGCCACCAAACUGUGGAAUGAAGUCACCAAGUAUUUCCGCGCCGGAAUGCCGUUGAAGAAGCAUCGGCAGAACUUCAAGACCUACGGGAACUGCUUCACGUCCGCCGACGCUAUAGACUGGCUGCACCACCUGCUCAAGAACAACAGUAAUUUUGGCUCCGAAGUGACGAGGCAGCAGACGAUCCAACUCCUCAGGAAGUUCUUGAAGAAUCACGUCAUCGAGGACCUGAAGGGGAGAUGGGGCACCGAGGACCUGGAUGACAACCACCAGCUCUUCAGGUUUCCCUCCACGUCCCCAAUAAAGACCAUUCCCAGCCGUCAGCCUCUGUGGAAGAGGAGCAGCUUGGAGAACGUUUUCAAGGAGAAGGAGAAUCUCUUCAAAAUGCCUCAUUUCUCCAAGAGGACCCCUAAAAGACGCGGAUCUCUGGACGGCAAGGGUGAACAUGAAAAUGAAGCCCCUGAAGUAAUGGAGGUAGAGAAGGAAAGUGAUAACCCAGGAACAAAGGAGCUCACCAAGAAGGAUGAGGAAGAUAUCUGGGGUAACAUCGCCCUGAUCCAUCUUCAGAAAAUCCUCGCUUUGCCGACAUUGGACGAAGUCCUGAAUCCUGCGCAGAUCAACCCCGGACAUAUCAUGUACAACAUGACGCACACCAGCAAACAUGGAGUCGUCUUUCUGAAAGACAGGACCGAUGAUCUUCCUCACUGGGUCCUGUCUGCAAUGAAGUGCCUUGCAAACUGUGAGUCCCGGGGAGCUGAAGUGAAGUGUUCCGCUGAGGCCUCAUGGCCAAAUAAUAACGACCUGAGCCAGCCGACCUAUCCCGGCUUUGAGCGCGACGUCUUCCGGACGGUCGCCGAUUACUUCUUAAAUCUCCCGCAGCCUCUCCUCACCUACGAGUAUUAUGAGCUGUUUGUUAAUAUCUUGGUUGUAUGUGGCUACAUUACGGUACCCCACAGGCGCAGCCGGAAGCACAAAGUAAAGAAAGAGGCGCCCGCUUCACGGUCCUCCCAGUCCGCACAAUUAAGCAACACUAACUUUAAAUCUACGGAAUGCCUGCUCCUCAGCUUGGUACGGAAAGUUCCCAACGAAGAGGAGGAAGAGGACGACGACCAGAGUUUCGGAGAGCUUGGCAGGGAGCACAAGGACAUUGCUUUGCACAACACCAACAGGGAGAAGCUAUACAACUCCCUUGCCAGACGGCCAAGGGAUGGCAAGGUGAUGGGUGGCAGCUGUCAGAACCUCGCCACCUGCAGGAAGGACUGCAAUGUCCCUUCUAAAGUCCGGCUGCGCAGUUGCUCAAUGGAGGCAAUCGUGGAUGUGUCCUAUUCUGAAAGUGAUUCCCCAGAAGCUUGUUCUCCAGUUUCUCAGACUCUGUCCCCAAAUCUCCCUCCAUCUGACCAUGUUGUGAACAAUGUAGCUGCGCCUGCUGCUGAAGGCAAUGCCCGUGCCCUGCAGCACCAUCACUCCGCAGCAGAGGGCGCUCACAGAGCUGACUGCCGGGCACUGCCUAGGUCACAGAGCCUGGGGGACUGUCUCGGGUCGUGCACGAGUAUCAACACUCCAGUGGCUGAGAUUACCAUCAAACCCGGGCAAGCUGGCCAAGGUAGACUGCAGAAACGCUUGAGCUCUAUUGAGGGAAGCGAAGGGGAUGACCCGGGUAUCGCGGUCACCAAACGGUUGUGCCAGAGCAAUAUGGAGCUCUCCAGUUCUGUCCCCUCCAACUCUUCUGCACUGCACGCUUCUCAGUCCUGCACUGGCACUCCAAGUUUGCUGCAGCCCCAUUUGGAGCGGGUGGCAAUAGACGCCCUCCAGCUCUGCUGUCUGCUUCUCCCACCUCCGAACCGCAGGAAGCUCCAGCUGCUGAUGAGAAUGAUCUCCCGCAUGAGCCAGAACGUGGAUAUGCCGCGCCUGCACGAUGCCAUGGGCACCCGGUCUCUGAUGAUCCAAACGUUCUCGCGCUGCGUCCUGUGCUGCGCUGAAGAGGUCGAUCUAGACGAGCUGCUAGCCACGAGACUGGUCUCCUUCCUCAUGGACCAUCACCAGGAGGUCCUCCAGGUGCCCUGUUACCUGCAGACAGCCGUACAGGAUCACAUCCAGUAUCUCCGGUCACACAUGAAGGACCUGGCUCCGGGCUUCUACUUCUGUAAGCAGAUCAGCACACGAGAGUUUGAAGAGCAGAAGGUGGUCACCUCACAAGCCGCCAUCAUGGAGCUUCUGGAGAGCAUCGUGAAGGAUAAGAAUCUAUCAGUGAAGGACAAGAAGAAGAAGCUCAAACAGUUUCAGAAAGAAUAUCCCGAGAUCUACCGCAGCCGUUUCCCGACAACAGAGAGCGAAGCCAAACUCUUCGGAGACAAACCUACCAUCAAGCAGCCGAUGUUGGUCCUGAAAAGGCCAAAGUUUCGCAACUUGAGAUACUGACUGGAGCAGCCGUCGUAGGAACGUCUCCUCUUAGGCCCCUCGCUCUGUUUACAUGGACGAGACUUUUUUUUUUAGUAAAUAUCAUUGAGCCGCUGUCCACAUGUUAAUGUUUGGAAUUUAGACUUUUUUAUAAGUGAAAAUCCGUUUCCUAAAGUGAUGGCAGCUCUGUACUAUAGUUGUAUGUAACGAUCGGCGUGUCCCCGUUUUUGACGUGUGUGAGAGAAAUGACGUGUGCUCCAAAACCUUGCCAAAGAUGAUCUGCAGCUCAGGAAGCCGUACUUCACAGAUCCCAUCCUUACAAGACGAUGAUCUGUAGCCUCCACCAUAACGGAUCGCUCCUCUAACCAGCUUCCUUUAAGGAAUUUUUUAUUUUAUUUUUUAUGUUCCUGACAUUUCUUACAUUGCUUAUUUGCACAUUAAAUGGCACCUGCCGCUCCCGCACAGGCUAGGAGUCAGCAACCUAGGAAGCAAAGGUCUGCAAUGCUGAGAGUUGUAGUGUCCCGACGACUUACAGGGUGCUAAUGAAAAGUAAGGCUGCUUUCACACUAGCGGUUUUUGUGGAUCUGCAAAAAACCUUCCGUUAAAAUAAUACAACCGCAUGCAUCCGUCAUGAACUGAUCCGGUUGUAUUAUGUCUUCUACAUCCAUGACGCAUCCGUCAUGAACACCAUUGAAAGUCGGUGGGGGACGGAUCCGUUUUCUAUUGUCGGAGAAAACGGAUCUGUCCCCAUUGACUUGCAUUGCAGCGUUAUUCUGUCCGUGAUGGGGACGCAGCUGAACAGAAUGCUAUUCGUUCAGUUUUGUCCCCAUUAACAAUGAAUGGGGACCAAACGGAAGCGUUUUCUUCCUGUAUAGAGACCCUAUGACUGAUCUCAAUAGCGGAAUUGAAAACACUAGUGUGAAAGUAGCCUAAGUUGUACUGGGUUAAAGGGCAAACUCCACUCGUUAUUUCCUGAUAUAUUAACCAAUUCCUCCCCCUCUGUGAACAGCCCAAAAUGAAGGUGGAGUUUCCCUUUAAAAAUGUAUCUAACUACUUUAAGGCCAAAAAUGGCCGCCUAUGCAAUGUGCGGGAGGCCGGUGUUUAAUACCCCAGAACCGCCCGAGUGCCUCAGAGAACUGACAUGUGAGUGUUGUCUGUUUCCCCGCUUGCUGCGCGCUGCGCUGCUCGGUGUAUAUUCUCUUAUAUUUAUGUCUCUUCAGUGUUUUUUGUGCUUUUGAUUUUGCUGAAGUUUUCUUAUUAUACCCGUUUGCAUGAAGAGCUUUAUACUUUAUCUAAAAUGCGAAAAAACUUUAUAUUA